AUGGCAGGAACUGGCUAUAGGACUUUUUUGCUGCUGUUCCUCAUACUGGAAGGUUUGAUGCCAUUAGGAGAAGCACAAUGGCUAAUAUUUGGUGGGAACAAAGAAAAAGAGACAACCACAGCUGCACAUAGCACUGCUAAGGAAACAGAUGCAGACUUCGCUGAGGAGGAAUUGGAUGACAGAAGCAUUAAACUUACUAGUCCACCACUGCUUGGGACCACUCAUCCUAGAGAACUUUUUAAAGACAUUGCAGAGACUGAGAUUCCUUCUGAGAAGCCAACUACACCUUUAAAGACAACUCGACUCACAGAAAUGUCAACAAACAAAAGGCAGACUACCCAACCUACAAAAGGUCACACAAGCAGUACAGGGACAACAAAUGACAUAAAAGAGCUCCUAGGUGUGGAAGAAGAAAGAAAAGAACAACAACAUCCAGAAGCCAAUGAGGAGACUGUACAUCCCACAAAUAAGAAAGAGACCACUCAUCAUCUAACAUCUACCACUACUACACCCCAUAUUGAUGUCCAAACUGAGAGGAAGGCUAUUAUAGAAGAUUCAGUUUUAUUGAUGCCGCCAUCCUCUCCAGCUUCAAAUACUUUCCGUAUUCAAGUGAAGGAAGAAGUUUUCACCAUUCACAGUAAAGGAGAAAGAGGGGACAUUGAUGCAGACUUCGCUGAGGAGGAAUUGGAUGACAGAAGCAUUAAACUUACUAGUCCACCACUGCUUGGGACCACUCAUCCUAGAGAACUUUUUAAAGACAUUGCAGAGACUGAGAUUCCUUCUGAGAAGCCAACUACACCUUUAAAGACAACUCGACUCACAGAAAUGUCAACAAACAAAAGGCAGACUACCCAACCUACAAAAGGUCACACAAGCAGUACAGGGACAACAAAUGACAUAAAAGAGCUCCUAGGUGUGGAAGAAGAAAGAAAAGAACAACAACAUCCAGAAGCCAAUGAGGAGACUGUACAUCCCACAAAUAAGAAAGAGACCACUCAUCAUCUAACGUCUACCACUACUACACCCCAUAUUGAUGUCCAAACUGAGAGGAAGGCUAUUAUAGAAGAUUCAGUUUUAUUGAUGCCGCCAUCCUCUCCAGCUUCAAAUACUUUCCGUAUUCAAGUGAAGGAAGAAGUUUUCACCAUUCACAGUAAAGGAGAAAGAGGGGACAUUGGAUCACUGACGUCCAGUAAACCUGAAGAACCAACAAUUCUUGAACUGACUGAGGGGCUGUUGGAUAUUAAUGAGUCUUAUACAAGUCCAGACAAAAAAAAUCUCUCUAACUGUGUCUGUCCUGCAGUACAGGGCCCCCCAGGACCUAAGGGUGACAGAGGAGAACCAGGGCUACCAGGACUUCCAGGCAGCCCAGGACGUAUUGGGGAGAGAGGAGCAGUUGGAUUUCCUGGUAUACCUGGCCUGCAAGGCCCUCCAGGUCCAUCUGGAAUCCCAGGUCACUCCGGAGCUACAGAGAACUUUAAUACUUUGGAGGAAGAAAAGUUGUACUUUCACAGGAUCCAAAACUCACAGGUCCUCCAGGGCCUGAGGGACAACGUGGACUUCCGGGUCUCCAGGGCCUUCCAGGAACACAAGGGCCUGAGGGCCCGCAAGGCCCACCUGGUCAUCCAGGACUUCCAGGGCAACCGGGGUAUACAGGAUCUUCAGGUUCAAGAGGAGAGCAAGGACCUGAGGGAAUCCCAGGUCCAAGAGGAUUUCCAGGUCAAGGUUUUGAAGGCCCACAAGGGCCAGAAGGACUAA